ACCCCCCGCGGCGUGCGCCGCUCCCGGGGGCUCCGCGCCCCCCGCGCCCAGGUCCCUCCCCCUUGGCGGGCGCUCGCAGGCGGCGCGGGCAGCGCGGGAGCCCCGGCGGCCUGUGCGCCCCCAGCCGGCAUGGACCCCGAGCGCUGCGCGCCCUUCGCCUUGGGGCCGGCGCCUGGCCCUUAUGCGGCCUCUGGGGAUGAGCCUUCGGGCCCCCAGGGGAACCCCGCUGCUGUGUCUCACCUGCACUCCGCGCCUCCCCGCGGCCCACGGCUGACCCGCUUUCCGGCCUGCGGGCCCCUGGAGCCCUACCUCCCGGAGCCUGCCAAGCCGCCCGCCAAGUACCUGCAGGACCUAGGGCCCGGCCCUACGCUCAACGGCGGUCACUUCUACGAGGGCCCCGCGGAAGCUGAAGAGAAGGCCGCCAAAGCCGCCAGCUUCCCCCAGCUGCCUUUGGACUGUCCCGGCCGCCCUGCAGACGUGCCCUCCACCUUGCAGGGCUCCCCGAGACCCUGCCUGGCCAGCCUGCGUGUCCCCCUCUCCCCGGGACUCUCCGACUCCAUGGAGUUGGCCAAGAACAAGAGCAAGAAGCGCCGGAACCGCACCACUUUCAGCACCUUCCAGCUAGAGGAGCUGGAGAAGGUCUUCCAGAAGACACACUACCCUGACGUGUAUGCCCGGGAGCAGCUGGCUCUACGCACAGACCUGACUGAAGCUCGGGUACAGGUCUGGUUCCAGAACCGCAGAGCCAAGUGGCGGAAACGUGAGCGGUAUGGGAAGAUCCAGGAGGGACGAAACCCCUUUACAGCCUCCUAUGACAUCUCAGUGCUGCCCCGCACUGACAGCCACCCCCAGCUGCAGAACCCACUGUGGCCCAAUCCUGGGUCUGGGAGCCCAGCGGGGCCCUGCCUCGUGUCUCCAGAGGGCAUUCCCUCCCCGUGCAUGUCUCCGUACUCCCACGCCCAUGGCAAUGUGGCUGGUUUCAUGGGGAUGCCAACCUCCCCUGCCGCGCACCCAGGCAUCUAUUCCAUCCAUGGCUUUGCUCCUGCUCUGGGGGGCCAUGGCUUUGAGCCCUCUCCCGACGGUGACUGUAAGUCUCCAAGCCUCAUCUCGCUCAGGGUGAAGCCCAAGGAGCCACCCAGCCUGCUGAACUGGACCACAUGA